CCCGAUAUCGCCCGCCUCGGUCGACGAUUGCGAGCAGCAGCCUGUGGCCGGCGUGGUCGACGCUUGUUUAUCUUGUGCGUGAGCUUUCCCUCUCGCUUCCUCCUGUACGUGGCUUGGUAUUUGGGGAUGGGAAAUGCGCCAAGAGAAGACAUGUUUGCUGAGUGUAGACUGACUCAUUUAGAAAAAAGUUCAUGAGUCCUAGUUAAAAGGAAAUAAUAAAUAAAUGGCAAAUGCUUGCAGCUCGGUCUUUGCAUCCCCGAGAGAUGUUCAGGAACUGGCAAACAUCAUGUUAGGCGUCACUCAGAGGCACAAGGGUGACACUGAGGGUGGCAUGGAGUUCGGGACCCCAUGCCCCCGCUCCCUGCCUUUAUAAGUAGCGCAGGGACCUCACGCCCUCAUUCACUCGCGCCGCUCCUCCCAGUGCCCAGCCUUUAGGAACUCUCGCCCUCGUUCGCUCCAGUCGAAGGUCAUGCUGGGCUUGGCACUGCUGUCGUUCUGCGCCGUCGGGUGGGCGGCCGCCGCGCCCCACGACGAGGAUCUGCGCGCCAGCGUCGUCUUCAACCAGCUGGCGAUCGCCCAGGUGCUCGAGAACCUCGGCAACAUCUCUAGUGGCGACGCCGCAGUGACGACGCAGCUGGCGCACUUAUCCCAGAGCCAGAAGGCGCAGAUGCAGCAGAUGAAUGACGGUCUCGCUCGAAUGACAUCCAGCCUUGAAAUCCUCUCCCAGGCUCUGACGUCACACCUGCAGCAGGAUGACGUCAUCAACCGAGGUACUUUCAUGCCAAGCGAGUUUGUGGAAAGAAUGAAAGCACAAGAGAACGAACUGCAACAACUGUUGCACAGAAUAAACCAAACUGCAGCCGUCAUUCAACAACUUGAACAACAGAGUCUGCAACUUCAGAAUGACGCCGACCUUAGACGCCAUGAGGUCCAGCAAAAGGAGGACUUGACUGGACAACUGAAAGCCAGCAUUCGGAGAGUGAAAGAGGAGAACCUGCAGCUUUUGGCCAAAGGCAACGACGCGGAAGGAGAGGCCUCCCUUCAAGCAAAAGUACAGGCACUGGAGGACCAGCUGGAGGGGGAGAAAGAGCUGCACACUCAGAAACAGGCAACCAAGACCCAGUUAGAGCAACAGGUCGCACACUUAGAAAGCGACAGCAAUGCAAUCCGGCAGGAACUGGCUCAGCUGGACGAGGAAAUCAAGCAGCUUCAGCAGAGGAGGACCACGACCGAAGGAGAGAAAAGUGCUCAGCUGGAAAAGAACGCCAACUUAAAGGAAGCUCAAGAGGAAGCGCUGGCAGCAAAGACCAGGAUCCAGACAGUGAUUGAUCAGCUGACUGGAAGGAUCCGCAGUCUAGAAGCUGAAAAUAAAGGGUUGGAACAACAAAAGAAAAAUAAAGAAGAUGCGCUUGGUGCUCUUCGGGCGUCACUGGCAUCUCUGAACACCCAGAAAGAAGAAGCAGACAGAAGACUGUCAGAUACAGAGGAUGAAUUCUUUACGUAUUGUCUCGAUUUUUAGCAGUUUGUCUAUAAUGCAGGACAACUAGGAUCAAGAAGUAUUGUAAUUCCGCAGCUGCACAAACAUCAGCGAAGCUUUGCAGACAAGGAUCGGCCUCAGCGAGAACCAAAUUCGGGAACAGCAAGAAGCGAACACCCAGCUGGAAGCAAAGCGCAGGGAGAUGGAGGAGAGAAUCCGCCAGGCAAAGAUGACCAAGCAACAGUUGCAAGAACAGCUCCUCCAACUGCAGACGGAGGAGCUGCAACUGAAACACGAGGAAGUGCAGGCCAAGACAGAGAACCUCCAGGCCAAGAGAGCACAAGGAGAGAAAGCGCGGCUGAACAGCGAGAUCAGUCUGCUUAAGCACGAGCUUCUCCUUGCCAAGGAACGGAGCCAUCAUAUCGAAACGCAGAUUUCUUCCAUUAGACAAAAGGUCGCACAGGCCACCGGAACUAAAAACGAAUUAACACAGAGUAAAGAUACAAAAGCAGCUACGAAAAAUUCCUUAUCCCAAAAUCUAGAGGAAGAAGUGACUCUAAUCACACAACACUCUGAUGAAAAUGGCCGUCUACAAGAGGACAUUGACCGCACUAGAGCAACAAGCGAGAAUCUCACGAAGACCAAGUCAGAGUUGGAGCAAAAACUGAACGCACUGAACAUUCAGAAGGGAGAGUUACGCAGGGGAAUGCAGCUUGCUGGGGAAUCGGAGAAGUCGGUACAGGCUUCUAUCGCGAGAGUACGACAGGAAAUUCAGAAAAUUGAAUCUAAUAUUAAGAGCAUAGAAAGAGAUAUGGUGUAUUGUUAGCGACAUAGACUUCUUGUUCCAAGAUCUUGAAUAUAAGGAAAAAAAAUAGAUUAUUACAGUAACUUAGUCUGUAUGAAGAUUUUAUUUCUAAUAAACUACUAAAACCUU